AAGCUCAUCGGGGUCUACUAGAAAGAGAGCAAACACGGUUUUAGUUCAUUUUCAAAAGUUAUAGAACUAAUUUAAUGGUACUUUGUGUGGUACGUUCAAUAGUUGUAGCCUUAAAUGUAAUUAAAAAGGCAGACAAAUUCAUAUUUUUAACUAAUUCAGAUACUUUAAAUACGAUAAAUGUUGUAUUGACAUAGACGAACACUUAAUUUUGAAAACAAUAACCGGAAGCACUAUUGAUUUUGUCCUGGAGCUAACUAUCUUGACAUCCUCCUUACUGUUGUGUAUUAACAAUGAGGAUUGAGUGGGGAGUAAUGUAAAAUGAAUAUUGCUUAUGUUUUCUACGGUUUUUUCUAAUUUUCCCAACAACAGGAUUGGAUGCAGAGGCCUCUCCGUGUGUUUACCUUGGGUCUUAGAAGUCUUGGAACACGUUUAGGGCCUCAGCUAGUCUGGAGAGAUUUCAGAUCCACUCCUGGAUUAUCCUUCUAUGACCAUCAGCCUGUACCCUUACAUGCAUCUAAAAUUUAUCGAAAAUUGUGCCAUUUGUUCUUUGUUUCCCACAAACAAAACUUCAUCCACCCUCCCCACCGUACCUGGUUCUUCCUGCAUCACAGCUUCUCAGACGAGCCCAAUAUGGCAGAACAGAGGUUCAUUGUGGAAUAUGCUAAACGUGGUACAGCGGGCUGUAAAAAAUGCAAGGACAAAAUCGCAAAAGGAAUAGUGCGUAUCGGUAAAGUUGUUCCCAACCCAUUCAGUGAAUCUGCUGGAGAGAUGAAGGAGUGGUACCAUGUGAAAUGUAUAUUUGAAAAGCUGGAAAGAGCACGUGCCACAACAAAGAAGAUAGAAGACAUCACAGAACUGGAAGGCUGGGAAGAGCUGCAGGACGAAGACAAGGAGCUCAUUAAUAAACAUGUAUCAGACCUGAUGGCCAAAGUCAACGCAAGUCCAAAGAAAAAGGUUCAAGCCAAGCUUAACACCACGGGCCAGCUAUUGUCUCCUCCCGCCGACCCAUCCCUGAAUGCACCACGCAAAUUCUCAGGCUUCACAGCUGCGAAGGCUGGCAGCUCCAGCAGCUCCUCCCCAUCCACCCCCGCCACACCCUUUUCCUCCCCUCCGGCCAAAGCCAGCCAAGGCAGCCCCCUGUCCAGCCAGCUCUGUGACCCCCAGCACAAGGACUGUCUUUUCAGAGAGUUCCGGAAACUCUGCGCCAUGGUGGCAGAAAUCAGUGGCUACAACGCCAAGACGCAGAUUAUUCAGAAUUAUCUGAAGAAAGGCUCGUGUGGAGAUAAAUUCCAUGGAGACCUUUACUUGACAAUAAAACUGCUUCUGCCUGGUGUUGUUAAAAGUGUCUACAACCUGAACGAUAAGCAAAUUGUUAAGCUCUUCAGCCGUAUUUUCAGAAGCAACCAGGACGACAUGGUGCGCGACCUGGAGCAGGGCGACGUGUCCGAGACGGUGCGGAUGUUCUUCGACGAGAGUAAAUCUUUUCCGCCGGCGGCCAAGAGCCUCCUGACCAUCCAGGAAGUGGAUGCCUCUCUGACCCGCCUCGCCUUGCUGACCAAGGAGGACGAGCAGCAGAAUGAGCUGGAGGCCAUUGCCAAAAAAUGCACCAGCAACGAUCUCAAAUGUAUCAUCCGACUGAUAAAACACGACUUGAAGAUGAGCGCCGGAGCAAAACACGUCCUGGACGCUGUGGAUCCAAACGCAUACGAUGCUUUUAAGGCCUCGCGUAAUCUGGGUGAUGUGAUUGAACGAGUGCUGAGGAACCAGCAGGAGUCGACCAACGGUUCAGGGCCACGGAAACUCCUCAAAGUGGAGGCGUCUCUUAUGACCCCCGUCCAGCCAAUGUUGGCAGAGGCAUGUAAAUCCGUCGAGCAAGCCAUGAAGAAAUGUCCAAACGGCAUGUACUCUGAGAUCAAGUACGACGGCGAACGAGUGCAGGUUCACAAGAACGGAGACGUCUUCAGCUACUUCAGUCGCAGCCUCAAACCAGUGCUGCCUCACAAAGUGGCUCAUUUCAAAGACUUCAUCCCUCAGGCUUUUCCAGGAGGUCACAGUAUAAUCCUGGACGCUGAAGUCCUGCUCAUAGACACAAAAACCAGUAAACCUCUGCCCUUUGGGACCUUGGGCGUCCACAAGAAAGCAGCCUUUCAAGACGCCAACGUGUGCCUUUUUGUUUUUGACUGCAUUUUCUUCAACGGCGUGAGUCUCAUGGAGAGGCCUCUGUGCGAACGCAGGAAGUUCUUACACGACAACAUGGUGGAAGUUCCGAACAGAAUCCUGUUCUCUGAGAUGAAACACGUCACGAGAGCUGGAGAUUUGGCCGAAAUGAUAACUCGGGUCAUCAGAGAGGGGCUGGAAGGACUGGUGCUCAAGGAUAUAAAGGGCAACUAUGAACCAGGGAAACGUCACUGGCUGAAGGUGAAGAAGGACUACCUGAACGAGGGCGCCAUGGCAGACACUGCUGACCUGGUGGUGCUGGGAGCUUUCUAUGGAAAAGGCUCCAACGGGGGCAUCAUGUCCAGCUUCCUGAUGGGCUGUUAUGACCCAGAUUCAAGAAAGUGGUGCACGGUCACCAAGUGCUCAGGUGGCUACGAUGACGCCAUGCUGGCCCGACUCCAGAAGGAGCUGGACGUGAUCAAAAUCAGCAAGGACCCAAGUAAAAUCCCAGGCUGGUUGAAGAUCGUUAAGAACUAUUAUCCAGAUUUCAUUAUACGUGAUCCUCAGCAAGCUCCAAUCUGGGAAAUCACCGGAGCAGAGUUUUCCAAAUCAGAAAUGCACACAGCCGACGGCAUCUCCAUUCGCUUCCCACGCAUGACCAGAAUCCGUGACGACAAGGACUGGAAGAGCGCCACCAACCUGCACCAGCUAAAAGAACUGUUCCGUAUCUCUAAAGAAAACUGUGACUUUCAAGUGACUGCAGGAACUUCCAAAAGCGACAAGAGCUCCUCAGGAGGAGACAGUGGUGGAAACUCACCAUCACCCUCAACACAAGGGGGUGCUCACGCCAGCAAGAGACCUGGCACAAGUUCUACACCCAAAAGUACUCCAAAGCAGGAGAAGGCUCGACCCCGUCCUCCAUCCACAGAAGAACCUGUUGCUAAGAAGGUGAAGAAGAACGACAGUUUUCACAGCAACGGUCAGAUGACAAACAAACCGACAGCUGAAAUACUGCCACCGAGGAACGACAAGACUCUGAUCGACAUCUUCAGUGGCAUCAAGCUCUACCUGCCUAAGUCCACGCAGGACUUUGACAAACUGCGACGAUACUUCAUCGCGUACGACGGCGACCUGGUGCCAGAUUAUGAAGCCGCCACGGCCACACACACCAUGGCCGAACCCGAGGAGGACAGCCAGGCCCGCAAGGUGACGCCCAACUGGAUCUGGGAAUGUAUCCGCAAGAGACGAGUGGUCCCUCCCUGCUAACAGGACAAAAAUAAAACAAGCGCAAAAAGACAAGUUUUUAACAAGAGUCCUCAUUACACCAGAACUGAUUUUGAACCUGAAGAGGUUUGAGAAAAAAAGUCAGGUUUCUACACAGAAGGAUUUUUGAUUUUCAAGGAAGUACAGACCCAUCUACUGAAAGGAUUACUUUCAGGAUUUUAAACACAGUUCUCACUCCAGGGAUAACACUAUUGGGUUGUCCUUUAAAAAACAAACAGAGGCAGAAAACCAUUUUCGAUCCCACCCUUUAACUAUCUACCACUGAAAAAAAAAUAUCAGAAAUGUCUGUGUAUUUUCACUAAGUGGACAUCAGGUAAGACAUUGUGAUGUCAGAGGACUUGACUGCACUGGCAGCAGCAGCAAGAACCCUCUUGAAUCACAUAGUACUAGAAACCAGGAAACACUUUCUAUGGAUGAAAUUAUUAUACUCACCCCAGGAAGUGACAACAGCACCUUGGACAGCGCAAUAACUGUAACAGAUGUAGGAGAAGUUGUUUAGUCCCUACAAAUAGUCUUUAAAACAGCUGCAACAAGCUGUUUUCCACCAUCACAGACAUCUCACAAAAAAUGGGUUUGUAUUUUAGCAGCGGUCUGUACAGUUUUUAAUGUCAAAGUGAUAAUAUUUUCUAACUCUGCUGAUGAACUGAAGAGUCAAUAAACAGACUGAGGUGAAAGAAUCACAAAGAGGUUUCUGUAACGUCAUUGUAAAAUUGUUUGAACCACAGUUUGCCUAGAUAGACGGUUAUUUAACAAUGUGCUACAUGUUCACUAAAAUCCCAACCUAAAAACUAGUAAAAAAAAAAAA